CGCGCAGAAUGUAAUGCACGUCACCACACCUGGCACCGUGGGCGAUACCAUCACGCGGUACUCUCGAGGCACUGGUGGCAUGUUCCGCUGGGCUACGCCAUACGAGCCUCUCCCCUCCAACACUUGCGAAAUCAGAACCGAUGUUCUGGGCUUCCUUGGCCAGCAAGUCCUGAAAUGUACCGGGUCUCUCAAGAGUCCUUCGCAAACGUUUACGGGUUUUGCAGACAAGGAUGUCAAUGGCAAUGGCUUGCAUUACCUCUUCGGAGUUCAGGUUUCGAAUGGCACUGCAUUGUACGGUGAGCAGCUCUUAGAAUUGGGUCUGUUCAACGGAGGUGGGUGUCCUGUAUAGAUUUUGCACAGCAUCACAGGAGUACUAUCUGGCACUUUAUAUAUCAUUUAGCCGUUGGCUUUAGACGGUUGGCAU